UCUUUAUCAUCUAAUAUCUAUAAUCUAUGACAGAAUCUGGAUUCAAGACAACGGACAACGGACGAACGGACUCAAAAUCUAAAUGUUCUAGUGUAUAGUCCUAUAUAGUUCACGGUUUCACAUCAGAAGUGUUAAUAAUUGAUUCAAUCAAAAAAUGGACAAUCCAAUAAUAAUGAACAAAUAUUCCAUUGAAAGGACUUUAGGAAAUGAAAUUAAACCAUAUAACUACGAUGAAUUUGUAAAGAAUUUCAAAAUAAAUAUAAUUAAUCGCUCUGAAAAUGACUUGGAGUUUGAUCUUGUUGGCAUUGAUGUAGCUGUGGCUAAUAGUCUUAGAAGAGUUAUUUUAUCUGAGGUACCUAGUAUGGCAAUUGAAAAGGUACAUAUAUAUCAAAACACAUCUUAUAUACUUGAUGAAAUACUUGCUCAUCGAUUGGGAUUAAUUCCAUUGAAAGCAGAUCCUAGGCAGUUCAAAAUGAAAGAAGAUGACUUUUUUUUUUCAGAAAAUUCUGAACCAAGUGAACACGACAGUCUAGUUUAUGAAAUGAAAAUAAAAUGUACAAAAAAGGAUUUAGAUGCAUUAGCUCACAAACAAUUUAUUAGUUUUCCCGUGUACUCAAAACACAUAAAAUGGUUGCCAUUGGGUAAUCAAAAAGAUAUUUUCACGGAAAAAGAUGUUGGAAUAAUUAGUGAUGAUAUUCUUAUUUCAAAGUUAAGACCCGGACAGGAAAUUGAACUUAAAAUGUUUGCAGUUAAAGGGUUACCUAAAGACCAUGCUAAAUUUCAAAGUGUUUGUACAGCAUGGUAUAGAAUGAUGCCAGAUAUUAAAUUACUUGAUGAAAUAAAAGGAAAUGAUGCACUAUUACUACAAUCAUGCUUUCCUAAGGGUGUCAUUGGAUUAAAGAGCAUUAAAGGCGUCCUUAAUGCAUUUGUAGAAGAUUCUCGAAAAGAUAAUAGUUCCAGGAAUGUAUUUAGAUACAAACAAUUUGAUAAUAAAAUUUUACUUUCUAAAAUUCAGGACCAUUUUAUAUUUACAAUUGAAUCAGUUGGAGCAAUGGAUCCAAGCAUAAUUUUCUUAGAAGCCCUUAAUAUUUUAAUUAGAAAAGUUAAUAGUGCUUCUGAAUCAGCAUUAAAUCAAACUGAAAUCUAAUUUUUUGUUUUUAAUGUUAUUAUUU